AUGAUUGACUGCAGCAGCUUCUACAAAUGCGACGAGAAUGGUGUGGCUUGGCUCAUACCAUGCCCAGCUGGACUCGAGUACAAUGCGAACCUGAGGGUAUGCGACUACCCAGAGAGUGCUGUUUGCUCAUCGUCUGCUGAUCCAAGUAACCCAUCUGGCGACGAUUCCUCUAAUGGCGGUCAAGACAACGGAAAUACUGGCUCUGGUAAUGGCAAAAGCCCACAGGAACCAGCUGCAGAUGCUCCCACAUGCCCACCUUGGAAUCCGGAUGACGUCACCCAAUUGCCUAACCCCAGCGACUGUAACAGCUUCUACAAAUGCGACGAGAACGGAGCUGCCUGGUUUAUCCCGUGCCCAGCAGGGCUGCAGUACAACGCCGAGCUGAGGGUUAGUGCAACUUGUCAGGGAGCGUCCGGGCCAUUUCCGAACCCGGACAGCUGCUCAAGCUUCCUUCAGUGCGAGCCAUCAGGUGUCGCAACGGUCAUCCCGUGCCCAGCAAACCUCGAGUUCAAUCCAAAGCUGAGGGUGUGCGACUACCCAGAGAGAGCUGGCUGCUCCUCAUCCUCGUCUCCACCUGCUGACGACGACAAUGGUUCUGGUGGGGGAUCAGACGACAAUGGAGGUGCUUCACCAGCUCCACCUUCUGACGACGCCCCCACCUGUCCACCGUGGAAUCCUGAUGACGUCACCCAGCUCCCCAAUCCGAAUGACUGCGGCAGCUUCUACAAGUGUGACGAGAACGGCGUUGCCUGGGUCAUUGAAUGCCCAGCUGGUCUCGAAUACAAUGCAGAGCUGAGAGUGUGUGAUUAUCCAGAAAAUGCUGGUUGCUCAAGCAACCCGUCGGAAGAUACGCCCUCUGAGGGGGAUGAAGAUGACGAAAAUUCUAAUGGAGAUAAUGAGGUAAGCCCGAAUCCACCAGCUGGAGAUGCUCCUACAUGUCCAGAGUGGAAUCCAAACGACGUCACGCAGUUGCCCAAUCCAAAUGACUGCAGUAGCUUCUACAAAUGCGACGAGAACGGUGUGGCUUGGCUCAUACCGUGCCCGGAUGGACUAGAGUACAACGCGGAGCUGAGAGUGUGCGAUUACCCUGAAAGUGCCGGUUGCUCUUCGUCAGCUACACCAAGUAACCCACCUGGCGACGACCCCUCUGACGACGAUCAGGAGAAUGGUAACGCCGACUCUGGUAACGGCGAAAGCACGCAGCAACCACCUGGAGAUGCUCCCACCUGUCCACCUUGGGAUCCAGAAGACGUCACCCAGCUGCCGAACCCCAGUGACUGCAACAGCUUCUACAAGUGCGACGAGAACGGCGUGGCCUGGUUGAUACCGUGCCCGGAGGGCCUGCAGUACAACGCCGAGCUUAGGGUGUGCGACUACCCUGCAGAUGCCGGAUGUUCUGUCUAA